UCUCUCUUAGUUGGACAGAGAAAAUGGAGAUCUUAAGGUUUCUAGCACUUAUAUUACUUCUCAAUGCUUCCCUUCGUUGCAUUGCCCAAGCAAAAGUCCUUCACUAUGACUUCGUUCUGAAGGAGGCAAAGUUCACCAAGCUGUGCAGCACGAAGAGCAUUUUAACUGUGAAUGACACUUUUCCGAGGCCAACCAUUCGAGUUAACAAAGGGGAUACUGCUUUUGUUACUGUACAUAAUCAAGGGAAAUAUGGCGUUACUAUCCACUGGCAUGGGGUGAGGCAACCAAGGAAUCCAUGGUCAGAUGGACCUGAAAACAUCACACAGUGCCCCAUUCCACCCAAGUCAAGCUUCACUCAAGAGAUCAUUUUUUCCACAGAAGAAGGAACUCUUUGGUGGCAUGCCCAUAGUGAUUGGACACGCGCCACAGUCCAUGGUGCCAUUAUUAUUUCUCCAGCUCCUAAGACCACUUAUCCAUUUCCUAAGCCUUAUGCUGAAGAGACAAUUAUUCUUGGGGAAUGGUAUAAGGGAGAUGUGAUGGCCAUAAUUGAUGAAGCCCUAGCAACUGGUGGCGACCCAAACGUUUCAGAUGCUUUCACAAUUAACGGCCAACCAGGAGAUCUGUACAAUUGUUCCAGUGCAACUACAUACCGUCUGAAGGUUGACGCCGGCAAGACUUAUCUUCUCCGGAUAAUAAAUUCCAUAAUGAACGAAGAACAAUUCUUUGGAAUUGCAAAGCACAAGCUCACACUGGUAGCAACCGAUGCUUCAUACACCAAACAAAUAACCGCAGAUUACCUCAUGAUAAGCCCGGGGCAAACAAUGGAUGUUUUGGUGACAACAAACCAGUCUCCCAGCCGCUAUUACAUUGUUUCAACUCCUUUUGCCGACUCCACUGCUCCCUUUGACAACACCACCACAACGGCCAUUCUGCAGUACAAUGGCAAUUAUAAACCCCCAUCAUCUAUUCCCUUCCCAACGCUUCCUACUUACAAUAACAAAACUGCUGCAGAAAACUUUACAAAGCGCUUGAGGAGCUUAGCAAGCAAAGCUCACCCUGUCAAUGUGCCGCGAAGUAUCACCAGAAGUAUCUUUAUUACUGUUUCUGUAAAUCAGAUUUACUGCCCCAAUGCAUCAUGUUCAGGCCCGGAUGGUAACAGGCUAUCAGCAAGCUUGAGUAAUAUAAGUUUUCAGACCCCAACAAUUGAUAUACUCCAAGCGUAUUACAGAAAUCUUCCCAAGGUUUACAGCGGCAAUUUCCCGACGCAGCCACCUUAUUAUUUCAACUUCACGGGAGAUGUGGGGAACAAUACAAUUUAUCCAAGCUUAGGGACGAAGGCCUUGAUAGUAAAUUACAAUGAUGCUGUUGAGAUAGUGUAUCAAGGGACUAAUGUUGGGGCAGCAGAGAAUCAUCCUAUGCAUCUCCAUGGUUAUAGCUUCUAUGUGGUCGGGACAGGCUCUGGGAAUUUCAACAAAAAGACUGAUCCCAAGUCUUAUAAUCUCAUUGAUCCACCAGAAGUUAAUACAGUUGGAGUUCCUAAGAAUGGAUGGGUUACAAUCAGAUUCAUCGCUGAUAAUCCCGGUGUCUGGUUUAUGCAUUGUCAUUUGGAAAGGCACGCGAGCUGGGGUAUGAAUACUGUGCUGAUAGUGAAGAAUGGGCGCACCAAUGCAACAAGCAUCCGCCCACCUCCUAAAUAUAUGCCUCCUUGUUCCAAGUCCUAGUUUUAGGAAUGCUUUCUACUUCAUUAAUUUGUGUGAGUGUACUCAAACCAAAAUAAUAAUAAUAAUAA